CACUCUGUGGAGCCAAGCGAACGAUUAGGCAAUACACCUGGCUGUCAAGAUAAGUGUGCCUACCUGUCACUUCCUGCUGUCGAUAUUUAUUCAUUUUCACUUCUUUUUUCGACUACAGAUAAUUUGGCACGUCACUGUCAUGUUUGUAUGAUUUCGUCUAAUGUGUCCCGCGCGGUUUGUGGACCCUGCGGAUCAAACGUUACGACCUUGGCUUCAUGUUCGACUCAAAGGAGGAGUUAACCCCCCUGGACCCUGCUGGCAAAAAACAAUUGGGUUUAAUUAACCACCGCGUCUGGACACGUUUUAAUGUGAACUCCUGUUGUCGUGUUUAUUAAUACAGCCGCAGCAACAGCAGCGAGGGAAUCUGCCUGGUUGAAAGGCCUGGCUGAAAGCUAAAUGGGAGAGGGUGUUUGCAGUCAGGGCCUCGAGGCACUGGAAUGAUCUGCUCGAGGAAAUCAGGCAUGGAUGAGAGGUUAUGUGUGUCCCCCAGCUGAAGGCCUCUGUCGCCCUGACCUGUGCAUCCCACCAGUCCCUCUGUGAGCAUGUAUCGCAAGAACGGACUCUCGGAUGGCACCAGCAUCAAUUCAGUCACUUCAGAGGCCAGCAGCAGCUCAGAGUCUCUGGAUGGACCUUGCAUGGACUACGCCAAGAGCUAUGAUGCAGUUGUCUUUGAUGUGCUGAAGGUGACACCUGAGGAGUUUGCUAGCCAGAUCACCCUGAUGGAUGCACCAGUCUUCAAAGCGAUACAGCCAGAGGAGCUGGCCAGCUGUGGAUGGAAUGGGAAGGAGAAGCACAGUUUGGCCCCCAAUGUGGUCGCAUUCACACGCAGGUUCAACCAGGUGAGCUUUUGGCUGGUGAGAGAAAUCUUAACUGCGCAGACUCUGAAAAUUCGAGCAGAAAUACUGAGCCAUUUUGUCAAAAUAGCAAAGAAACUGUUGGAGUUAAACAACCUUCAUUCUCUGGUGUCAGUGGUGUCCGCUUUGCAGAGCGCCCCCAUCUUCAGACUCAGCAAAACCUGGGCGUUGAUCAGUCGGAAAGACAAGGCUACAUUUGAGAAGCUAAACUAUCUGACAUCCAAGGAAGAGAACUACACCCGGAUGAGAGAAUACAUCCGCUCCCUGAAGAUGGUGCCCUGUAUUCCCUACCUUGGUAUCUACUUGUUGGACAUGAUCUACAUUGACUCAGCCUAUCCUGCAUCGGACAGUAUCAUAGAGACAGAGCAGCGGACCAAUCAGAUGAACAACCUUUUGAGGGUCAUCUCCGACCUGCAGAUGUCAUGUAACUAUGAUUACUUGGUAACCCUGCCACAUGUCCAGAAGUAUCUGUUGUCAGUUCGCUACAUAGAAGAACUCCAGAAAUUCGUAGAGGAUGACAACUUCAAACUGUCUCUGAAGAUUGAACCUGGCAACAGUUCUCCUCGCAUCGCUUCUUCUAAAGAAGACUUGGCAGGUUUGUCUGAGGUAUCGGCCUCUCUGAGGUAUAACCGCCGGCCUACCUGUCCUGACGCCUCAGUGGGGGUUCAUAUCCCCACCCCUCCUCCCUCUCACCACAGGAAGAGCCACAGCCUGGGAAACAAUAUGAUGUGUCAGUAUGGCAUGUCGGAGAGCAGGAGUGCCACGUUUCCCAUAGAGAAAGCACGACACCUGCUGGAUGACAGCUUCUUAGAGUCUCAGAGUCCAGCCAGAAAUGAUCCACAUAGUACAUCUGUUUCCAAUGGCCUGUCAUUAGGCAGCAGUGAAAGCUCUUUUGGGGAGGAGCUGUCACCUGGAAUGGAAAGGGGCCGCAUGUACGCUACACUGGGCCCCAACUGGAGGGUCCCGCUUCGCAACUCUCCUCGGAGCCACAGCUAUGUUUACAGCUCCUCUGCUGCCAACUCCUGCUAUGGAUGCAGCGAGGCCGGCAGUGUAAUCAUUGAAGGACCCCUGCGAAGGAAAACACUGCUGAAGGAGGGACGGAAGCCCAGGUUGUCUUCGUGGACCAGAUUUUGGAUCACCCUGUCUGGAUCAACGCUGACAUUCUAUGGGGCGAAAGCAUUGAGGGCCUCUGAGAGGAAACAUUACAAGUCCAGCCCCUGUAAGAAGGUGUGUGUUACUGGGUGGAUGGUGGUGCUGCCAGAUGACCCUGCCAGACCCAACAUCUUCCAGCUCAAUGACCCCGACAAAGGUAAUGUUUACAAGUUCCAGACAGGAUCCAGAUUUUCAGCGAUCAUCUGGCACAAAAACCUGGAAGAGGCUUGUAGAAGCAGCAGACCUCAGAUACCAGCAAACCUCAUGUCAUUUGAAUGAGUGUAGACUUUGCUCAGAAGGACAUUUUUGUGCCAAAAAUGAUUUGUUUGGGAUGUACAGACUAAAUGAUGGAACAUGGCGGAAUUUGAUGGCAUAUACUGAAAAGAGGAAUCAAGGUGCAUUCGACACGUAGGAGAAGCUCUGUGAUACUGGAUGUAUGACUUCAUAUGUCAACUCACAUCCUGUCUUCAUCGGGACUAAGUGUAUUGUAAACUGUGGAGAAAUGCAGUCAAUGGAAUACUUUGGUGAAGUUGUCGCUCGUUUCCUUCUCUAAGCUUCCUUGUUCACUGUCAUUUGUUAUGCUGCUAAAAACAUGUGAGCAAGCACUUAGGUUUUUUGUUUUUUUGGCCCAUGUUGGGUUUCUGCUCGAGUGAAAGGAUGUGUCAGUGCCCAAAUAUGGACAACAGUGUUAAAUGACUGAUGAUGAUUUUUCAAUUUUGCGGAUCAGUGUUAUACCUUCAAAUGGAGCUCAGGUUUUAAACAGGGCUGAAACUGAAAAAGACAUUAAAACAUCAUACUGAGGAGGAAGAGUAGGUAACCGUUUCCAUGCACUUAAUUUGGAUCAGAAAAGCCUGCAGCUGUGAGCAUGGAAAACUUGACCCCAUUUGAAGGUCUCAUUACUACCAUUAAAGAUCAGCACUGCAGCAGAAAGGACAGAUAAUGAGACUCACCUGAGAAUCACCUUCAGCACUGUAACAUAAAGCUGGACUAAGUUCAUUCCAAAAUAAGACAAUUCACAGUCAUACAAAAAACAAAUGAAGAAGCAGCCUUGGAUCAAUUCACCUGUUCAGCUGUCGCUACCUCAGUUGGUAGUCCUCGUGUAAAAAGUGUUUGCUGAUGUAUAUAACAAGGUUUACAAAUAACAAUAUUUUGUACAGAACGAAUCAAAAUCUGUCAGAUACUGUGGAAACGGCACUAAAAAAAAAGAAGUGAAAAUUACAAUCAUUGAUGCAGAGGACAGCCAGCUGUUGUCUACGCCAGUACGCAAAGGCAGCUGAUGGAGUGAAUUUAAAGCAAUUUACGAUGAAGUACAAAGCUUUCAACAAUCAUUUGUGUGUGUAAAUACUGUAUUUAUUUGUAAAAGAGUUUAUUUUUUGACAGUAGGCCAUCAAAAGGGAAACGGUACGAAGAAUUAUCUUUGAUUGACCGGUUGCCGCAGGAAGCUGCUCCUCAAAGAGACUCUUGGUGGAAAGUCACCCUAAAACUUGAUUGUUUACUCUCCAACUGAGAGUUGCCGGAAUACAGAAAGGCUUCGGUAGCAUUGUACUGUUUAAUAAUCAUGCUUUAAAAGCAAAAUGUUAUGUUCUUCUUUUUCAUAGGUUUGGCUAUCAUUACGGUCAGUAAAAAUAGCAUUGUUCUACAAGGUAAUUACCGAGAUCUGGGAACACAGCAAAUUAAGUUGAAAUAUCUCGUGAUCUUGUUUACUUAAGAGGAUAAGGUGAAGCAUAAGACAGGUGGUUAGAUGCCAUCCCUGCCGUAAUGUGGGUCUUACCACAGUGUUGAAGUGAGCCUGAAGUCAAGGCUAAAAAAUAGCUAAUUUAUACAUUGUUACUCAGCCAUGUCUAAAGGUAAAAAGUGUUCAUGUAGGACUCAAUGUUUUACUAGAAACUGUUAAAUUUAGCUUUCACUUGUUCAGACACAGAAUCACUUGACCAGAUAAAAUAAUAAUUAAUAAUUUACUAGUUUCAGUUUGGGCCCUGCGAUUGACUGGCGACCAGUCCAGGGUGUACCCAGCCUCUCGCCCGUAGUCAGCUGGGAUAGGCUCCAGCUCCCCCGCGACCCUGACGGAUAAGCGGUAUAGAAAAUGGAUGGAUGGAUGGAUGGAUAGUUUCAGUUUGUUGGAGACUGCAGAAUUCGGACAAAGAAACAGUUGCCUCCAAUCAACAUCUAAACUAUGUCAACAUGUAAAUAUUAAAGUGGAUAUAAAAAUUUCACCUUAACAAAUCAUUUUCAUACUCAUUCAGAUUGUAUAUAACAUAUAUAUAUUUUGUAUCAUACGGCAUAUAUCAUAUUCUACUGAAGUAAAAGUAAAAUUUGCAGUGUAAAAUUGCUCUCAGAUAAAGGAAAGAAGGAGGUCAGUCAAAAUAUACAUUUUUUUUU